UGUUGGAAGUGAACUGAAGGAGUGUCAGUCUUCAGAGCGGAGUCAGCUCAUCAGCCCGGGUAGAGCUGCUCGGUCACAGACCCUUUUACGCACCGAGGGAACUACCUGAAAACGCAAAUGUUGGCAUUGUGAGAACAAGGAUCCUGCAGUUCCCCCCCAACCCUAAAUUAUCCUGGAAUAUUCUGUUUGAUUGUUGGCAACAUAUUUUGAAAAAGUCAUCAGUUAAAAGACGGAGUGCAUCUCCUCAGCAGAAUGAAGGGAUUUUCACCUUUCUUCACCAUGAUUCUUGUUGCGCUACUUGUCGCCACCGUCUCAGCGACCAAGUUAAAUGUCCCGCGCCUGAGACUGUCCUACAAAGACCUGCUGUCCACCAACAGGUCGACCAUCUUCAGCGGUCACCAUGGCCAGCUCUUUCUCACCGCCGUCUUCCUGGAUGAGUACCGUGACCGCCUCUUCCUGGGAGGGAAAGAUAUCAUGUACUCUCUCAUGCUGGGACCUGCCAGCAGCGAGUCCAAAGAGAUCUACUGGCCUCCGUUACCUGGCAACAGAGAGGACUGCAUUCAAACGGGAAAGGAACCACAGACAGAGUGUGCCAACUUUGUUCGCCUCCUGCAGCCCUACAACCGCACCCACCUCCUGGCCUGUGGCACCGGGGCCUUCCAGCCUAUGUGUGCCUUCAUCUAUGUGGGGCACAGAGGAGAGCAUGUGUUCACCAUGGACCCUACAAAUGUGGAGAAUGGACGAGGGAAGGUUCCACAUGACCCCAGCCUCCACUUUGCUAGCACCUUCAGUGGUGGGGAGUUGUAUACAGGACUGACGGCAGAUUUCCUGGGUAGAGACUCUGUGAUCCUGAGGAGUAUGGGAGGACGGUCCACCAUGAGGACAGAGACUGACCAGAAACUUCUUCAUGACCCUAAGUUCAUCGCUGCCCAUCUCAUCCCAGACAACGACGACAGAGACAAUGAUAAAGUGUAUUUCUUCUUUACUGAGAAAGCCACAGAGGCAGGGGACAGGGAGGGGUCCAUACACACACGAGUCGGACGAGUGUGUGCGAAUGAUGUUGGAGGUCAGCGAGUGCUGGUGAACAAGUGGAGUACCUUCAUCAAAGCCAGACUGGUCUGCUCUGUACCUGGACCUCACGGCAUCGACACACACUUUAACCAACUGGAGGAUAUUUUUCUGCUGCGGACCAAGGAUGAGAGGAACCCAGAUGUCUAUGCGAUCUUCAGCUCCAUCAGUAAUGUGUUCCAGGGUUUUGCCGUGUGUGUUUACCGUAUGGCUGACAUCAGAGAAGCCUUCAACGGACCCUUUGCCCAUAAAGAGGGCCCCGACUACCAGUGGGGGGCCUACGAAGGCAGGGUCCCUUAUCCAAGACCAGGCGUGUGCCCUAGUAAAAUCACCAACCAGCCAGGAAGAGAGUUUGGCAGCACAAAGGACUUCCCUGAUUCAGUGCUGCAGUUUGCCCGUAGUCACCCAUUGAUGUGGCGGCCGGUGUAUCCCGCUCUGCGCCAGCCUGUGCUUGUUAAGGCCAACAUUCCUUACAAGCUGAAGCAAAUUGUGGUGGACCGGGUCGAGGCAGAGGACGGGCAGUAUGACGUCAUGUUCAUUGGCACAGACGUUGGCACAGUAUUGAAGGUGAUUGCCCUGCACAGUGGAAACAGCCUGGAACCAGAGGAGGUCACACUGGAGGAGCUGCAAGUCUUCAAAGUGCCAACUCAGAUUACAUCGAUGGACAUAUCCGUGAAAAGGCAAGCCCUGUAUGUGGGCUCUCCAGCAGGUGUGGCGCAGGUGAAGCUGCAUCGCUGUGAGACUUACGGGAAAGCCUGUGCCGAGUGCUGCCUGGCCAGGGACCCUUACUGCGCCUGGGAUGGAUCAUUGUGCGCACGGUACACGCCCAACAGCAAACGACGCUACCGCAGACAAGACAUCAGGCAUGGAAACCCUGUGCUGCAGUGUGUAGAUCAGAAUCUGAGUGAAGACCUAGAUGUGACAGAAGACAGGGUGGUGUAUGGGACCGAGAACAACAGCACCUUCCUGGAGUGUGUUCCUCGCUCUCCACAAGCUACUGUCACCUGGCUCGUCCAACGUGAUGACCACAAGGAAGAGGUAAAGCUGGACGAACGGGUGAUGUCUACAGAGCAGGGCCUUCUGUUUCGUCGUCUCUUCCGCCAGGACGAAGGCGUCUACAUCUGCCGCUCUCGAGAGCAUGGCUUCACACAGACCCUGGCCCGCCUUACUCUCGAAGUCCUCCAGGGGGAGACUGUGGACGAGCUCAUGGCACGUGACACCCCUGGCCUCUCCGACACGUUCAAAGACCGGUCCACAGGAAGCUACAGAGCCUGGAUGCCUUGUAGUGCAUACACCAGGGGCGGCUCAUCAAGCCAAAUCGGCCAAUCGCGUACAUGGUUCAAGGAUAUCAUGCAGCUGAUUGGGCCGUCGAACCUGCCACACGUGGAGGAAUACUGUGAGAGGAUGUGGUGCAACGACAAGUUGAGGAGGAAACACAAGAGCAUGCUGGAGAAAUACCGCCAAGCGCAGGAGAGCGCCAGGAAGGCACGUAGCAAGAGCUCUGGCGAACGUAACCGGACGCCGAGGGAUCUCAGCGCAUGGGAGGAGUAGCGGAGAGAAAGCGACCGGGGGAUAAAGAAGGAGAAAAUGAAUGAGUAUAAAGGGACAAAGAAUACAGUACAGGACAAGAUGAAUUGGGCAGCAAAAGAGUCAAGACCAGCAUCAACUCCUAAUAGUUGAAACAUUCUAACCUGGAUUUGUAAGAAUAAGGUAGAUCAGAACAGUGCGUCUGCUUUUGCCAUUAGACCUAACAAAGUGGUUUUUAUCAGAGUAUGUGUAGGUCAGGUGCUAGGGGUUGGCCCAAAAAAGACAUAAGGUUGUCUGGAAAGACAGCACAAAAGAGACUGCUACUGAACUGGUUCUGUUGCUGAUGUAAUGAUGUUGAUGAAGAGAAAAGGAGAGACAAUCUUUCAAAUACACUCUUAUAUACUUUUACGGUUGAAAAUGGCAGACACAUAAAAUCAUCAAGUCACAUAAAAUCCUCACAAACCUCAGAUUUCUAAAACGUAUGCAUGCCUGUGGACUAUCUCUUUGAUGAACAGUUUGUGUUGGCUCUUGGCAAAUUUCAAAAAGAGAGGGGCUUCACAUUUACAUACUUUGCAUCUUUGGACCGAAAAA